AUCGGCGAUCUGAAUCACCGUCAAUCUGAUUUCGUUUCUGUUUGAAGGUACACGCAUUUAAUUUCUGUAUUUCCUCAUCUACUACUGAGCAGCUGAUUUGAGUGAGUUUCAUCAGAGCUCUUCUUCGAAUGUUGUUGAUUUUCUUUGGCUUCUUCUUGUGAUGAAAUGGUCAAUCACUUUCUGACAUAAAUUGAAUCAGGAAUGGAUCAAUAUGGGAUUCCAGUUCAGAGAAAAGAGAUGAAGCAUAAGGGGAGAAAUGUUGUAUGUCUUGGAAUGGAUAAGUGUUUGAUUGAAGCUUUGGCUCUCCAGGCCAAAAACGGGAACAAAGUUGACAAAUGUUUCAACGAUAGUGCUUACACUGCUGCUUGUGUUGCUGUUAAUGCUCGUUUCAAUCUUAACUUGACUAGCCAGAAAGCCAUCAAUCGCCUCAAGACCAUCAAGAAAAGGUACAAAGUGAUGAGAGACAUACUUAGUCAUGACGGAUUCUGGUGGAACUCGACCACUAAAAUGAUCGAUUGCGAAAGUGAUGAGCUCUGGAGAAGAUAUAUUGCUGUGUACCCAGAUGCAAAAGCUUUUAGGGGAAAGCAAAUUGAGAUGUACGAAGAACUUAGGACAGUAUGCGGUGACUAUCAAACUCCAGGUAAAUAUAACAAAGUGAAGAAUGAAAGCAGUCAUCAUCUUAAUGACGUAAAACGCUUUGAAGAAGACUCUGUUUCAUUCCCUUUAGCAGCAAGUUCUGAAGAACAUAGCGAUACAGAUGGAACAGAGUCAUACGCUGGAGCAAGUGAGUAUAUGCAUGAACAGUCUCAAGAUCUUCCUCCUCCUCCUCCUCGAGAUCCUUUAAGCCGACCUCUUAAACGUUCUCGAAACUCGGAUCCAUUUCAAGAAGAUGCAAUGUUAGCGGUUGCUUCUAGCAUUCGCCGCCUAGCUGAUGCAGUGGAUCAAAGCAAAACUUUGAUUAACACAGAGGAAUUGUUGGAAGCAGUGAUGGAGAUUGAUGGAUUGGAAGAAGCAAAACAGAUAAGGGAACUGUCGCUUGGAUUUAUGAGCAGCUUAGUUGCGAUUGGUCUCGCGAGUAAUGACAGAAGAAGACACGACGCGAAUGCUGCGAUUCUUGAAGCUGACGACGAUGAAGAGCUUCUGGAGAAAGUGAAGCAAGAUCGGAAGAAGAGGAUUGAGAGACAAGCUGUUCUUAAUUCUGCUGUCAAGGAAAAGGGGUAUUUGCAGGAUCUUGUUUACAAGUUAAGCAAAGUAGGACAAGCCAUUGAGAACAAUGAUCUACCAGCUGCAGGUUUGGUUUUGGGGAAAGGCAUUGAUACCGAAUGGGUCAAAACGGUUAAUUUGGCUUUCACAAAGGUCUUUCUUGCUCCUUUUAACUCUUCACAAGUUGUGAGACAAGCCCAGAAGAGAAUACAGAAGUGGGAAGCAUUAACUUCAUCAUUAGCUUCUCUUAUUACAUCAGUGAACAAGAACGAUAUAGAGUCAUCGAAGCUCGCUUUCGUGUCAUCGGCUGGUGCAUUUGAGAAAUGGACGACUUUGACAGCUUCCAUUGCCACCAGGAGAGUCCUCAUCGCCCUCCACGAGAAGAACCUCGACUUUGAGCUCGUUCAUAUCGAACUCAAAGACGGUGAGCACAAGAAGGAGCCUUUCCUCUCCCGCAACCCUUUUGGACUAGUUCCAGCCUUUGAAGAUGGAGACGUCAAGCUCUUCGAAUCAAGAGCGAUUACUCAGUACAUAGCUCACCAGUAUGAAAACCAAGGAACCAACCUUCUCCAAGCCGACUCCAAGAACAUAUCUCAGUAUGCAAUCAUGGCCAUUGGAAUGCAAGUAGAAGCUCAUCAGUUCGACCCAGUGGCUUCAAAGCUUGCUUGGGAACAAUUAUUCAAGUCCAUCUACGGCUUGACCACAGACCAAGCCGUUGUUGCAGAAGAAGAAGCUAAGUUAGCCAAGGUCCUUGAUGUCUACGAGGCUAGGUUGAAGGAGUUCAAGUACUUGGCUGGUGACACUUUCACUUUGACUGAUCUUCACCACAUUCCCGCGAUUCAAUACCUGCUCGGAACUCCCACCAAGAAGCUCUUCACCGAGCGUCCACGUGUCAACGAGUGGGUGGCUGAGAUCACCAAGAGGCCAGCUUCAGAGAAGGUUCUGUGAGAAAUUUCUAAAAGGAAAAAAUGGUUUUGCUUCAGUCACAGUAAUAAUGCUAAAAUUAAAUAAGCGGCUACCUCAUUGCCCAAUUUCUCAGUAUUUUCUUUCUGUUGUAUCCUCUGUUUUUGUUUCAGUUAUGUGAGUGUGUGUAUGUUCUCGAGAGUAUCUUUGGCAAAAACUAUUUAUCUAAUCUUCAGGCUCUUCUAAAAUAAAUCAAUUAGUUAACA